CUUUGGGUCUGUGUGAAGUCUGUGCAAAACGAGCGUCGUUAACUGUCUUGGAGCUGAAUCAUAAUUAAUGUUAUUCUAAUUUUUAUACAAACUGAUUUAAAUACAUAUUUGAUUUCCCAUCUUUGCUGAGCAAAAGUUUUGUGCAAAAGUAAUUAAAGGCGUGUCCCAAAUAUAUGCUGAGUUCAGUUGAAUUUCGUGAUAAAUAAAAGCCUGGGCUAUUAAUUGAAGCUCAUGGUAAGUGCAUGUCCCAAAAUGUCGAACUAAUUUAAUUUGUGUAUUUCAUUCUCCUCUACAUUGUGACUGUAUUCAGCCUGUCUGCUGGUGGAGUGAGCUGGAGCACAUGAUUUGCAUUAAUUACAUCUUCUUUAAGUGAAUGCUGAACAUGGGUUAUAUUCUCUGUUACAGACUAGAAUACAGACACACCAUGUGAUCUGAACAUGUAUUUGAAACAUUAAGUCCAUCAAAAAGUGUCUUCAUGCUGUAACCAAUCGGAUUCAGCGCUCUGGACUUAUUAAUGUCUGUUUGUACGUACGUUUAUGUCCUGUGCUCUCCAAUUAGUUUGCCGGGACAACAUUCAUGCACAAAAUCUCGAAUGAGCUCUUCUUCCUCAAGCGUACGCACAUUUUAAACUAGAGUCGUGAUAAUAAUGAAAAUAAUAUUGUUUUUUCAGUAACAGUAACGAGCAGCAGCGGAGAUGGGAGUAGAUGGAAGUUCCCUCGCGUCUUCCCACAGAGUAUACACCCCACAUGUCUCUCCUAUGAAAGCACAGAAGUAACGUUCACCGACAGAAGAAGAACGGGGCUUAAUGAUGGCUUUCCUUCAUCCGUCUCUUCCCGCUCUCUGGAGUGACGAUGAGAGUAGAGUCACUCAUUUAUCCCGAUGAGCGCCGCCUCUGUAGAUGUUUCUACUCUUUCUCUCGGAGGAUACUGAGCUGUUUUCCAGCCCAUCAUCUAAAUUAUUAACCUAUUUGCUUGCUUAAAUUGGGUCUCUCUGAUAAAAACGAGUGCUUUGAUAGUAGGUGAAGACGGUACUGUGAUAUGCAUUUUUACUUUGCUUUUAUUGUUUGUAAGCUCAGACUAAAUGAUCUCGUCCUUUGUCUCGUCCACCCGCCCCUCUCUCUUCAGAUCUAUGGGGAGCCUCCAGCAGGCGUUGGUGUGCUUUGAGAAGCGGCUGGUGGUCGCCCACGAGCUGGGCGGAGAAGGAGGGGGCAAGGCUCAGGCGUACUGGGAGCUGGGCACGUUACACAGCCAGCUGGGCAACUACGAGCAGUCCCUCUCCUGCCUGGAACACCAGCUGAACAUCGCACGCACAGCGGGGGAUAAAUCCCUGGAGGCAGAGGCGAGCGAUGCACUUGGAGGCGUUUACCAGCUGAUGGCCGACAACGAGACAGCGCUACAGUGGCACCAGAGGGCGCUGGACAUAGCGGAGCAGACGGGGUGCGUGAGGAGCCAGGGUCGAGCCUACGGAAACCUGGGGCUCACCUACGAAGCUCUCGGGAAGUACGAGCGGGCCGUGGUCUUCCAGGAGCAGCACCUCAGCGUGGCGGCACAGACCAACGAUCUGGUCGCUAAAACUCUGGCCUACGGGAGCCUGGGGAGGACACACCACGCUCUGCAGAACUAUGCACAGGCUGUGAUGUACCUGCAGGAAGGUCUGCGUCUGUCAGAGCAGUUGGGUCGGAGAGAAGAUGAAGCGAAGAUUCGUCAUCGCCUCGGUCUUUCUCUGUGGGCCGGAGGAAACCUGGAGGAGGCGCAGCACCAGUUGUACAGAGCGUCCGUGUUGUUCGAGGCUAUUCGUCACGAGACGCAGCACAGCACCGACUGUAAGCUCUCUCUGUUCGACCUGCAGACCAGCUCGUACCAGGCCCUCCAGAGAGUCCUCGUCAGCCUCGGCCGGCACGACGAGGCGCUGGCCAUCGCGGAGCGAGGCCGGACGCGAGCCUUCGCCGACCUCCUGGUGGAACGGCAGAAAGGAAGUCAGCAUGCCGCGACCUCCGACCCCUACGUCCCCGUCACUGUGGAGAACAUCCUGGAGACGGUCAACGGGCAGAGGGCCCUGGUCCUCUACUAUUCUCUGGCUGGAGGUUUUCUGUACAGCUGGCUGAUAUCUCCAGGGACAGGUAUUGUGAAGUUCAACGAGGUGUAUCUGGGAGAAGCUGGACUGGAGGAGUUCCAGGAUGCUGGUGGUGGUGGUGGGAGUCCGCAGGGAGGAGGAGGAGGAGGAGGAGGAGGAGGAGGAGGUCCUCUGUCUCUGGAUCAGUACAUCGGCAACGCCAGGGAGGCUCUCGGAGUGGACAGCCAUUACAGCAGAAUUUGCUCCAGCAGUGAGACAGAAAGUGAAGCCGGAGAUCUGUUGGAGCAACACUUUGAGGAGCUGAACAACAAACUGACGUCGGCCACCGACCCCACGGGAUACCUCCGCAUGGUGUCCCGAAAUAACCUCUUCAACAGAAGCUGUCAGAGCAUGACGAGUCUGUACAGCGCCACAGUGUCUCCAGUGAAGGACGGCUUGUCGUCUCCACCGUACCGGCCGAGUAACAUCAGCAAACCUCCUCUCCGAGCCCUUUAUGACUUACUCAUAGCGCCGAUGGAAGGGGGCCUGAUGCACAGCAGUGGACCCGUGGGUCGACACCGACAGCUGGUGUUAGUGCUGGAGGGGGAGUUGUACCUCAUCCCGUUUGCCUUGCUCAAAGGCAGCUCCUCCAACGAGUAUCUGUAUGAAAGGUUCAGCCUCAUCUCUGUUCCUUCUUUAGGCAGCCUGGGAGCCACGAUCAAGAGUCAUCCUCGCCGCGGUGGUCCCUUACUGUGCUCAGAUGGAGGCUCAGUGGCUGCGGUGGUCGGGGCUCCUCGCCUGCCCCCCUCUGUGAUGGACCGCUGGCUGUGGGGCCCCUUGCCCUCAGCCCAAGACGAAGCUCUGUGGCUGGGGGAACAGAUGGGAUGUCACGCCCUGACCGGAGCCAACGCCACGAAGGAGCGCGUGCUCGCGGCUCUGAGUCAGGCGGAGUGCGUCCACUUUGCGACUCACGUGUCGUGGAAGCUCGCCGCCUUGGUGCUCGCCCCCAGCCAGGAGCACGCCGCGGGGGAGGGGGCCGCCGGGCGACCCAGGGAGAGGUCACCGUGCGGGGGGUCGGGGGGAAAGAUCAAGGGCUCGCUCCAGAACAGCCACAGCAGCCCAGAGAGUCUCAGAGGGGCGGACGAAACCAGCGAGGACGGGGGAAGUGUGUGUGACGUGGAGAGUGUGUGUGACAGUCCGCCGCUUCACGACUUCCUCCUCACUGCUGCUGACAUCCUGGACCUGUGCUUGACCGUCAAACUGGUAGUUCUGAGGUUGUACCCGGAGUCCAGCAGCAGGGCGACGGCUGACGGCGUGGUGGGCCUGACCCGAGCCUUCCUGGCCGCGGGGGUCCAGUGUGUGUGCGUCUCUCUGUGGCCCGUGCCCAUAGCGGCCUCCAAACUCUUCACGCACACCUUCUACGCGGCGCUCCUCAACGGGACCAAAGCCAGCGCGGCUCUGACGGAGGCCAUGAAGACUCUGCAGAGCAGCAAGCACUUCUCACACCCGUCCAACUGGGCCGGCUACAUGCUGGUCGGCAGCGACGUGAAGCUGAACAGCCCCAUGUCUCUGGUUGGACAGGCUCUGGCUGAGAUCCUGCAGCAGCCAGAGAGAGCGAGGGACGCCCUCAGAGUCCUGCUGCACCUGGUUGAGAAGUCUCUGCAGCGCAUCCAGAGCGGCCAGUGUCACCCGAUGUACACGUCUCAGCAGAGCGUCGAGAACAAGGUUGGCGGUGUCCCCGGGUGGCAGGCGCUCCUGUCCGCGGUGGGUUUCCGGUUGGACUUCUCCGGCAGCGGCGCUGGUCUCCCCGCGGCGGUUUUCUUCCCCACCUCAGACCCCGGGGAUCGGCUGCAACAGUGCAGCACCACUCUGCAGUCUCUGCUCGGUCUCACUCCUCCGGCUCUGCAGGCUCUCUGUAAACUGGUCACAGUGUCCGAGGCCGGAGAACCGUUGAUUCAUAAGGCGGUUAAAAGCAUGGUGGGAAUGCUUCACCAGGUGCUGGUUCAGUUGCAGUCGGGCGACAAAGACCAGGACUUUUCUCUGGCUCCCAUUCAAGUGUCCAUAAGCGUGCAGCUCUGGAGGCUUCCGGGCUGCCACGAGUUCCUGGCGGCGCUCGGCUUCGAUCUCUGUGAGGUGGGUCAGGAGGAGGUCCUGCUGAAGACCGGGAAGCAGGCCAGCAGGCGCAUCAUGCACUUCGCCCUCCAGUCUCUUCUGGCGCUCUUUGACUCCACAGAGCUUCCCAAGCGUCUGAGCAUGGACAGCUCCUCGUCCCUGGAGUCUCUGUCCUCCUCCCAGUCCGCCUCCCAGCCUCACUCCUUACCCCUCUCCUUCGGGUGCUACCCGCCUCAGCCCUCCUCCUUCUUGCCCCCCGUCUGCCCGGACAACCUCUCCUGCGACGCCAUCUCCGUCUACAGCCUCAGCUCGCUCGCCUCCUCCCUCAGCUUCCUGUCGCGACCCGAGCCCGCCGGCAGCGACAUCAUCAGCCAGCGCUCCCACCAGCACCAGCAGGAGCCGGAGAGGCCUCGCGGCGGGGGAACGGGCCUCUACGCCUCGCACCGCCACUCGAGCGGCCUGUCGAGAGGUCGGCUGACCAAUCACGGAGGAGGGGGAAGAGGAGAGGAAGAGGAGUAUGAGGGGUUCUCCAUUGUAAGCAGCGAGCCGCUAGGGCGAGGGAGGAGGGACUGUGACACGCUGCCUCUGCCUGCGGGACACCGACACGGCAGAGGCGGAGCCGGGAGAGGGUCGGCCGGGGGUCACGGGUACCCGGUUAUGAUCUCCUCCAAGGGAAGCAUCAGCACGCCGACGUCUCCGAUCAAAGCUCCGCCACCGCCGCUGAAAGUCCACACCAGCCCCAACCCCAAAGAAAUCGCUGCUCCUCAGAGCACGGGGAAAGGGAAGGCGAGCAGCUCGGAGUCGGACCAGUCCAGCACGGAGACGGACAGCACGGUGAAGUCCCAGGAGGAGAGGACGGGGCCCGUGGGACAGCUGGACCCGCAGGAACUGGCCCAGAAGAUCCUGGAGGAGACCCAGAGCCACAUGCAAGCCGUGGAGAGCCUGCAGAGGGCCAACAGCGUCAGGGGGACGACGCCGUCAACUCCUACUACCCCGACUUUGACUCCCGCCGGAGGAGCGCGAGGCUUUCGGCCCUCGGAGAGCAGCGCGUUCAGCCGGCCGCCCAGCAGAGCCGGCCUGAAGCCGUGCUCCUCCCCUCUCUUCUCCCUCUCCACAUCAACGCCUCCCCCGACUCGACCAAAGCCUCCGUCGCGCUCCUCGUCUCUGCAGAAGAUCAGCAGCCCGGCUCCCUCCUCUCCCUCUUUGUCUCUCCCCGCCGUGUCCCCAGAUGUGCACGUGCAGCUCAAACUGAGGUACCCCACCUCGCCGUACGCCGCCCACAUCUCGCCCUCACACUCUCCGGCCGACAGCGCCCCGUCGCCGGCCCUCUCCUACUCCUCCGCGGGAUCCGUCUCCGCCUCCUCCUCCAGCCCCGCAAACACCCCCGAACUCACCCGGUCCAAGCGGGACAGUAAAGUCCAGGCCGUGCAUGACUUAAAGACCUUCUGGGCCAACAACGCGGGCCAGAAACACGAGCUGCCCUGCAACGCCAGCUUACUCCGAGGUGGGAGUAAUAAAAAGAUGAGCACGGUGCAGAAGGACGUUUUGGGUUUGCUUAGUCUCUCACCGAGACACGAGUCCGUCAGCAAAAACGCAGACGGAUCGGAGAGCCACAGAGGUCCCCAAAAACUGGAGGCCAGACCUCCUCCUGCUAAAGGAGGCGUCAAGCUCCCCUCUGGGAACGGAUACAAGUUCCUCUCACCUGGACAUUUCUUUCCUUCCUCCAAAUGUUGAGAGGAGUCUUCUGUGUCUUUCUCGGUGUUUGUACCUUGACAGACGCUGUCCAUUUGUCAGCUAAAUACUACCACGUUUUUUUUAAAGCAAUACCUGUUGAUUUAAAAAAGAAAAGUACCGUUUCGUACUGACUGAUUUUACACAUCGCUACUUUGUUUUGGUGAAGGGAUGUUUUGAAUGUGAUGACUGUGCCUUCAUUCUGGAGAGAGCUGGAAGGACCAGAGGACUCCUGGAGAGACUUGUUGAGGCUUUAAUCUUUGUUUUCAUGACUAGAGAGCAUGAGUCUUCGAGUCUUCAUGUCUUCGUGUCUCAUGUCUCCAUGAUCUGUCCUCAGUCUGCUGACUGAGAACGUUUCCUGUCCACCUCACUGCUCGCUAUACGUUUGUGUGAGUCGACCUGAAUUUGAUUUAUCGUGUAUUAAUUAUUGUUAAACGUCACGAUUGUCGCCGUUUAUUUUGUAAAGUAAGCCGUGUUUUCCAGUCCUUAUAACACAUUUUAUAUAAAGACAAUUAAAAGAC